ACGUCAAGCUGAAAUUUCUUGACUUUUACUGCUCAACAGUUCGAGUAGCGAUCGUAUUUAUUUAUUUUUUUUUUUGUUAUUUUUUGUUGAAGUUAUUCUUUAAAAUAUCAGUUUUUAUUUUUUAUUUAUGUUUUAAUUUUAAUAUUUAAGUAAUUAGUCAUCGAGAAAAUCAAUUAUAAUGUAUUCAUCGACAAUAACACAAUUUGAAGAACCAGUUCGUAAAAUUCCACUAGAUGAAAUUGCUUCUGAACCAAUACCAUUACCAAAAGAAACAAGUGAAAAUCAACCAUUAAUUUGGCGUAACGUUAUUGGAAUUGCUGUACUUCAUUUAAUAGCAAUAAAUGGAUUUAUAAAUGGUUAUCGGGAUGCUAAAUUAUGGACAUGGAUAUUUAGUCCACUUUAUGGAAUUGUUGCUGGAAUAGGUAUAACGGCUGGAGCACACAGACUUUGGGCACAUAGAAGCUAUUCGGCAAAAUUGCCAUUGAGAAUAUUGCUCGCUUAUCUCUAUUGUAUGGCAGGACAGACUUGCCCUUCAAAGUGGAUACGGGAUCAUAGAACUCACCACAGAUUCACGGAGACAGCCGCUGAUCCUCAUGAUGCAAAUCGUGGAUUUUUUUUUUCUCAUGUUGGAUGGCUUAUGAUGAAAAGACAUCCAGCAGUUAAAAAACAUGGUAGUAAAGUCGACAUGAGUGAUGUUUAUGGUGAUCCAGUUAUCCAGUUUUUUGACAAAUACUUCACACCAAUAAUGCUCUUUUUGUGCUUCAUAUUACCAACAUUAAUACCAGUUUAUUGCUGGAAUGAAACAUGGUAUAUAAGUAUUCAUGCUGUAUUUAUACGUUACACGUGGCUUCUCAAUGCAACAUUUCUCGUAAACAGUUUUGCUCAUAUGUGGGGUAAUCGUCCAUACAACAGAAAAGUUAAGCCAACUGAAAAUCCAACAGUUGCAUUUUUUACACUUGGUGAAGGAUGGCACAAUUAUCAUCAUUCAUUUCCAUGGGAUUAUAAAGCAGCUGAACUUGGUGCAUAUGGAUUAAAUCCAACAACAGCAUUUAUUGAAUUUAUGGCCAUAUUUGGACUUGCAUAUAAUCUUAAAACACCAAAAAAAGAUCUCAUCGAGAAAAUGAGUUUGAAUAGAGGUGAUGGUACAAAUAGUCUCUGGGGCAAUCAAUACCAUUCUUGAUAAAUAAAAUAAAUAAAUAUAAAAAGUU